CGAUCGCAUCUUUGGACAGCUCAGGUCCUUCCGGGCAUCGCUCCCGGACACUCUGGUGCGUGCACGGCACAAGCGCCAGCGCCAAGCAUGCACGAGUUGACAAGCCCCUGUGCGCAGUCCGAGGAGGUCAGCAUGCUGCAAACAACAGAAGGCAUGUCUGCCAGGUCGCUGAACACCCUGCUGGACCGUGAGCAGCAACCGCCUGCCCAGCCUGACUCUUCUGACGCCGCCUUACCUCCCGCAGUCAUCGAACUCAACCUCUUCCGCCCAUACUAUCUCGACAGCUGGGCAGAGGGCGGGCGGCGCGAUGCGCGCGACGUGUGCUAUUCGGCAGCCAUGCGCCUCCUCAGCCGCUUCCAUCGCCACCUCGAGAGUAAUGCUCCCGGCAUCCUCAAGGCAGCUGCACUGGCCGACGUCGAGGGCCUAGAGUCGCUGUUCAAGGGCAAGCGAGAGGUGGCAGCGCGUUUGUGGUUCUGGACGCAUGCGAGCGUCAACGCGCUCUUUCUCCUUCAGCAUCAUCUUGAACAAAUGGACCUGCACCAUCUGGCUCAGGGCGCCCCAGGAGAGGGCGACCGUGUGCAGCCGGACAGCUAUCACUACCAGGCGCCGCGCUGAGGCGCCUCAGUACCGCAACGCAGCCUGCAUCUCUCUGCAAUGACAGCCGUGACGCAUCGCACCGCAUGCUCCGCCACCCGCUGAUUGGGG